AAAUGCGCCGAACGGAGAGCCACCAAAGGCAGUAACGGCGUUCCAUACAGUACAACAAUUAAUUAUACUGUGUGUACAGCAGAGAGAAUCGUCUCUCGUUUGCUCAAUAAAUAUGGCUGUCAAAAUUCUUGCAUUUUCCUUAACUGUUCUUUGUUUGUUUACCCUGUUUUUAGAAGAUGCUGACUGUUCAUUUUUAAAUGAUCUAUCUGAAGGCAUUUCUCAAAAAAUUACUACAAUUCGUCAAUCUGAUUUUCUUAAGCGAACGCAAACGAAAUGGGGAGCUGCUGAAAAGAAAACUAUAAAGGUUGUUAAUUUGGUACAGAAUGGGAAGCUUGGAUUGGAAAUUCAAAAUUUUAUCACCAAAUACUUGAAGUCAUCAAUUGGAAUUGGAAUCUCACAUCUUGAAGAAUUCCUCAAGUCACUGGAUCGAUCAAUACUUGAAUCUAGCCUUCUGGUUUGCUGGAUUAUAUCUGGAGUAUUGUUGAGCAAAGUACUGAGUGGAUCUUCUACCCUGUUUAUGAUGUGUGCUAGUUUGGUUCUUCAUGCCAUAUAUGGCCCAGUCUGGAGUAUGAUGCAAUUCAUCCUAACCAUAGGCACAUUUGGAUAUUUUGUGAGUCUGAUUGCUAACAAUUUGGUUCUGCUGUCUAUGACAUUUGCAACAUUGUUUGUGGCAUACAAGUUCUUUGGUGUCUUUAGGGGAGCAAGAGAACCAAGUUUGACAGAGAUCAAUGGCCGACUCUACGACCUUCAAAUCAAACAAAAUAAGCUAGAUUCAAAGCUCCAAACAUUGGAAGAAUUGUUGCAGAAAAAAGGAUAAAACUACUUUGUAAUUUUAAUUUUUUAAGUAAUUUGUGUUUUAAAGUGUUUCUUAUAAUUUUGUAUAUACUGUAUAAAUUCAUUUUGCCUGAAAAAUAUUUAGUUAUUUAUUUAUUUAUAAAUAAUAGUUGAAAUUUUUAUUGAUCCAUAGUUGAAUCUUCAUACCCACAUGUAGAAAUGGGAAAAUGUGUGUUGCAAAUAUUGUUCUUAUAAUAAAGUCGACAUACUGUACUUGUUUAAAAAUCCCAUAUCCUGCAUAGCCUAAUGCACUGAUCAAGGAGAACAAAAGUAAUAGUAAUUAUUAAAAUAGAUUAAAGACAAUCAGUUUAGAGCAUUAAUGGAAAUUUAGAAAGAAUGUUUGAACCAUUAAAAAAUAUAUUUUUUUAGUUUAACACUUUAAGGAAAAUGAUGAUUGUGUAAAUUUUUAGGUUAGUAUAAAGGAAUUUCAAAAUUUAGGAUUGAUACUUGCGCAAGAAGUUCUAGUGCAUGUUAACUCAGUUCAUGAUUUGUAAACAUAUUGAUAUACAAAAAAAUCUUUAAUCUUCAAGUAUAUCUUUUAAAAAAAUAGUUCUUUUUAAAAUACAUUUCUAGCUAUCCCAGUCACAUGAGAAUUUCAUGUGCAUUUUCGCGGUAAAGUUGGGCAUGUAAAAGGGAUAAAAGGGUAUGAUGUUCCCGAUGUAAGUAGUCCUGUGUUUGAUUCCUGGUUUAUUUUAUAUUCUGUGUCAAAUUUUUCUUUUUCACUACAGUAAUACUGUUUUAUUCAAAUUAGCACUGUUUUUGUGUGUUUUUCUAUAAAGGAUAAGCCAAUGAUACAGAAUGUUUGAAUACAUGAGAUUACAGUAUUAACUGCUCAUUUAUGCAAAUUCAUGCAAAUUGGUUUUUGUGGUUUUACCAUGUGCCACACUAUUAUGUGACAAAUUUGUGUGAUAUGCCCAUAUAUGAGCAUAAUGAUGUUGUAUUACACCCAAAUACUGGCAUGUCACAGUUGUUUGUCAUAACAUUUAAUGGUCGACAGAGCUUAGGAAACAGUGCUGUGAUAAUACCAGUAAUAAAGAUUGACUUGAUUGCAAAUGGUGCAAGAAUGCAUACAGAUAGAAAUCAUUCGUGAUUGAUCUGAGCAAAUGGACAUUUCACACAUUAUUAAGCAGAUAGGUUGGUUAAUCAACCACGGUAAGGCAUAUGCUUUUGAGCCAUACUAUAUAUGUACUAUCGUGAAACCUUGAAUAGAAGCCCCAUGCGCUUAAUUUUGAGAAGUCCAUUUCAAAAAGAAGCCCAUUGGCUUCUAACGAAGAUAAUUUAGGCUUCUUUCGAGAUAGUACUUGCAUUCAGACUGACGUUAUCUUUGAUGAUUAUGAUACAGUAGCAUGUCUGUACCAGUGAUAUGUUAUUGUACUAGCAUGGUUAAAAUUUAAAAAAAAUAUUAAACAGUUUCAAAUUCCAUAGUUUUGUAUACUGUAAUUGUAAAAUAGCAAUUCCAAAAUUCACAACAUUAAUUUUGAAAUGGAGGGCCCCCACACCUUAUUUAGUUAUAUAUAUAUA